GAGCUGAAAACAAGAAACAGACAAGAUGGCAGGAUCUACGGUCGUCCUCGCAAAAGGCGUGGAUGAUCGCAUACUGAAGAGUGAGUGAGUUAGAGCUACAACUGUAGAAAUAGAGAGCAGGCAAUUGACGAUACUCGAUAGCUGGCUAGCCAUUGACUCUACUGCAGGCGAUGACUUCAUGGAGGUGAGGGAUGCAGUGACAGACGUUCUUCACAAGUGGCAGGGCGUCGCUCACGCUCUGGGUCUCAGACCUGCGCAAGUCCAGACCAUCAGGGCCAAACACCGCGGCGACUUGGACGCCUGCAUGGACGAAGCUAUCUCCGUCUGGCUAAGAAGAGACUACAUGGACGACAAGUUUGGCCCUCCUACCUGGAGGAGUCUGGUGAAGGCUAUUGCAGCCAAGGCUGGCGGGCAAUAUCCAGCUCUUGCAGACGAGAUCGCCGAAGCCCACCCAAUGCCAGCUGAUUCCUCGUCCACUGGAGAUAAUGCUGCUACAUUUCCAGCUACAUCACCAACCCAGCAAACGAUACCAAUACCUCCUUCAACUGCCGACAAAACACCUUUUAUUAUACCCAAGUCAACUGAAGGAGAUGGAGAGGCGAUCUCCAUCGACUCUUACGGCCUCAAAGUCACUCGAUUCUCUGCCCACAAGUCAGCCAAACACUCCACUGCCAUUGAGUACAGUUUCGGCGUGGUUACAAUCGAACAGCGCUCUCUGGAAAGAGUCUUGGAUUCGUACAAAAUGAGCUCCGAGCCGCACGGAGUUUGUGCCAUCAUCAACAACGAGAAAUUCUCUUCACACACUGAGCGUGUGGGCACGCAAGUUGACGAGGCUAAUCUAACCCAAUGCUUUCGGUAUCUGGGCUACAAUGUCGAAGUACAUCGCAACCUCACAGCCCACCAAAUCGAAUCCCUCUUCAGCUAUUAUCGCAGUAGUGACCACGCGAAAUACGACUCGUUUGUGGUCUGCAUUCUCUCUCACGGGGAAGACGGACACGUUUUUGGCACCGAUAGCAAGAGCGUAAACUUUCGUUCGAUAGUCGCUCAACUCACUGCAGACUCGUGCAGAUCGCUUGCCGGGAAACCCAAAGUGUUUUUCGUUCAGGCUUGUCGUGGACAUGAUAAAGUCCGCGGGAGACAAAUAGCGUCUGAUUCAGGCACCGUAUCCCUACCGUCUGAUGCUACCGAGUCUGUUCGAAUAGUGUCCGACUCCACGCCAGUUGCAAUUCCAGACGACGCUGAUUUUUUCGUUGGUAAUGCGACUCCUCCGGGGAAGGUUGCCUGGCGAGACAUGGAUCACGGAUCGUGGUACAUCUCCGAAAUAUGCAGAGUUUUUUCCUCCUUAUCUCGCUACGUGGACCUCGAAUCGAUGGUCACCAAAGUCCACAAUGAAGUCGGUACAGGCUACGAGAACAGAAGCUAUAGACAGGCACCCGAAGCAACCACUAGGCUCCGAAAGAAGGUUUACUUUUUUGACUGAACUUAUUAUAACUAGUCUGCAUUUGCAUUUUUCUAUUUACUUUAAUAAAGUCUACAUACUACAACAGGAGGUUUUGUACUACUGCAUAUCUCAAAGAAAGUUGUGGCUUCCCUCAUUCUAUAUUUAGCACGGGCAACAAGGCGUGGCGUGUGGGUGGAGCAGUGUCCACGUAUAGUGUGCCAUAAAGGUGUCGUGUUACCGGCUCGUGAGAAUUCAAAGCGCAGGUGUGCCGAUUCUGUGUCUGUAAUACGACGUCCUCUCCGCAUAAGAACUCAGGCCAUAUGAAUAAUGUGUUCGCGUGUGCAGCAGUCGAGCUCCGCCUCCGAGACAUCAGCAUCUACUUGUACACCGGAUCGAGAGUCCCUACUCAUACGUCAGAAAAAAGUCCUCACUCGUGACGACUCGGGGGUAUUUUCUUCGCCUUCCCCUCUGACUCCUUCGCGUGGUCCGCUCACCGUGUUCUCCCUCCCGCCUUCUCCUGAUCCCUCGGCCGUCGCCUGCAGCUCUGCCUCUACCGCCGCGCCCGUCUCUUCGCCUCUGGACCCGGGAACCAUCAUGUCUGAUAGCCGUGAAGAUAGGCAACUACCAGCCUCCCUGAACCACCCUCGGGCUAAUGCCAGCCUAGGCCUAAAGCAAGCUCCGGAACAUGAUGAGACACUCCUACAAGCUUUCUACUGUCGCCAGGAGAUUGGUCUGGAGCGCUGGGCAACCUGUAGCCACGCCCACUGCACGACGAUCCGAGACCAGUGGCGCCACCUCAUCACCUGUGGCCAAGUCUGUCAGAACUGCCAAAACUUCCAGCGAAGGAUUCUUCUCCACGCUGCCCAGUGCAGCGACGAAAACUGCUUCGUGACUCUCUGCCCCGACGCUAAGAACAGAUUGGCGGGCGCAACCACCAGACGCCCGGGGCCUCCUCAGAGAUCAAACAGCGUCCAGAGUUCCCUCGGUUCCCCGCACCCCCCGCAGUUCCUCUCGCUCAACAGUCAGGGGAGUCUGGACGACAUGUCCCCCAUGAGCCCCCUUGACUACCCCUCGUUUGUCAGGGACCUUCGUCAGGUCGGAGCCGGCACGCUCCCAAGAUAUCUCCAGGGGAACCUCAGUCUCAGAGCCAGCGAGAUCAUGCGCUCGAUGGAAUCCGACGGACCCCUCGAUAAGUUUGCCCCCGGGGAAAAUUCGAACCCCUCGGCUGCCGUGUCCCCCUCCUCGCAGGGGUCAAAGUACAAUCCCGUGGGGGCCGGGAUUUUGUCGCCGAUCGAAGAGCAUCCGUCCAGUGAGGCGCGGUCAAAGUAUCCCUCUCAGAUUAUUCUGCACCCUCUUGAACCAGAGUUCCUGACUCAGGGCAGGGAUGGACGCUAUCUCCACAGAAGAGACUAUGAUCUCAACGAACAUCUCGGAACUGGCGGCUUCGGAACAUGUGCCUGUGCCAGAGACUACAAGACAGACAAGAUCUUUGUCAUAAAAUCCAACAAAUUCAGUGACGAGAAUAUGGUGAACACUCUAAAAGCAGAGUCGGACAUCUUGUCCAGGAUUCCUGCCCACACGAACAUCACCACUUUUCUUGGAGCCGUUCUGGAGGAAGAACAGGCCAAAGACGGAGCUCAGAGACACUGCCGACUAAUGAUGGAGCUAGCCGAACACGGGAGUCUGGCGAGCAUGUUACAGAGCGACGAGGGUGAGCUGGAGCCCCUCCCACUGGACCAGAGCCUCUUCUAUCUCUACCAGAUUCUGCAGGGUGUCUUCCAUCUUCACUCACUCAGCAUUCUCCACCUUGACAUCAAAGCUGAGAAUGUCUUGGUGCUGGAGGGUGGGCGAAGGGUUAAACUUACCGAUUUUGGGACGGCUGCCCACAUAGACGACAUUGCUGGGUCCAUAUCGAAACUGAAAGGAGUUACUCCACAUUUCACCUCCCCAGAGAUCAUUCGAGGCGAUGUCCCGUCAUUCUCCAGUGAUAUAUGGAGCACCGUAUGUGUCCUCAUUCAGCUACUGACGGCCCGACUACCUGGAUGCAUCACUGAGAUUAUGUCUAGAGAGAGCAUGAUGUACACGCUGGGGAUGUACAAGAACGAGGACAUAGAGAAGCUGAUCCCGCUCUCUUCACUAGAGUCACAGCAAGACAUGCCGGAGGAAGUCAGUGCCAUCUUCAGAGACACCCUCUGCGUCGACCCCACUUCUCGGCCAACUGCCCUGCAGCUCAUGGCCUACUCUGCCCUCAAGGAUGCCUGUGAGUAUGAGCAAUAUUUCGACAUCGACUGCUCCCAGUUCUCUGAACAACAAGAAGACGGAUCCUCCCUCACUGCCGAGGGGGCGGAGUUCGUUAGCAUGGAAGGGGCGGAGUCUUUCUGCCACACCCUCCCCACCUCGCUACCCCACCUGAUCGUGCGGGCGUCAGGUCCAGAUAGUGACGUCAGUCUGGACAUUCCGACGCGGGCCAAGCGACCCUCGCAAGACUCCGGGGUAUCGUCUCACUACGACAGGAAACAGAGCGAAGUCUACCCCAUUGGUGACCCUAACGACUCCGGAAUAGACACACCGGGUCAGGAGAUGUAUCCACCUCUCAAGGGGGCUCUGAAGCUGCAGGCCAUGAACUCCAGAGAGGGGAUGAUCACCGAGGAGAGGGAGGGAGAAGAGAGACUGACCUCUGUUCCUGACCGAACCCACUCCCAGCCCGAACCGCCAACAGUCGACUACUCACUGAUAGCCCAUCAGUACCGCCGUCGCUCCAUGUCCGCUACUUACAACAGACGAACCAGCGACGUGUCUGUCCCGGAGGUGACGGGGUUAAAGUUCGGUCGACAAUACGCAGACAUAAACGAGACGUUCUUCUCUCUCCCGACAAAGUCCUCGAGUGGUUUCGUGACGCAGACUCAGAAAGUUCGACCGAAUUUCGUUCACCUGAUCCACAGCAACAGUGCCCCGGUCGUCAUGUCUGAUAACAAGGAGAAGGGGGCGGGUGCUGGGGGCGUGGCCGAAAAACAAAAUGGAGAUGCCUCUGGAAGACUGAGAAGAUCGUCGUCAGAAGUCUAUGUGGACAGAGGACCUGAUAUAGACACUCCGGAGGAGAAGAAGAAAAAACGAGAACUCGAACUGGCAGCGGCCGCAGCUAAGGAGGCCGAGGAGCGAGAGAGACAGGAACAAGAACAGAUGGUCACCAUGGCAGCCGCUCUCAGGAUAGACAACUCGUCGCCGGGGGCGUGGUCACCUCCCAUGCAGAGAAGCCACGCCCACUCGGCACCAGUCGACCAAUCAGAUCGUGGGAGUGGUGGGAGCAACUCGACUGGCUACAGAACAAGACAGAAUGUACCAGCUGCAGAACCACAAGGACCUUUACCUUACAGCGUCCAACAAAAGCUCAACGGAAGUGGAGGCUUUGUUCAAGAAACUCUCGUAUAGAACUGCUUAGCAGUGAUCAUUAAUAAUACUGCCCUAAUAACAGGGGCUCCUCCUCGUUUUAUUCAGUGGUUUGUACAUAAUAUUGUCAUUUUUUGAGUGUGUCACUUGCACAAUUUUCAAUCGUUCAAAAGAAUUUUCAAUGUUGUAUUCAUCUUCUCUGUGUGAAGGUUAUAAGAUGUCUAUUUUUCAUUUGUGGAAAGUUAAACUCUUUCAAAUUGAAUGGAUGUUGUACUGUUAAUUGUUAAUCAUUUUAUAGUUUUCUGCAAGAAACUACUGCAAGA